AUGUCUAAUAAAACAAUGAAUCACACGAAAAAAGCACUAUUCAAAGUAAAUUUGAAACUUAAUAAGAAUAUUAGAAUGAAAACAAAUUCUAAAUCUAUGAGAAACAAAUUCAAUGAAACUAGAGGAAUAUCGAUACUACUGUAUAAGAACCACAAUAUUAAGAUCCCAUUUCCACCUACUACUCUAUUAUACAACAUUGAAGUUGAAAAACAGAAGAUAAUAUCGACACAGCAUAUGUUAAAUGAAUAUACUAUGGAUAAUGAUGAUAAUUAUCUAUCUGAUUUAUUCUACGAAGAUGAGUAUAAUGAUAAUAAUAGUUUAUUUGAUAAUGGCUUUCCAAAUAAUGUAAAUAGCAAUCCUAAUCCUGUAAAUAGUGAGCGAGUACUAAAUGGAUUUAUAGCCUUUCGGGCAUAUAAUUCUCAAUUCGGAUACGGCCUCAAACAAAAUAUUUUGUCAAGUUUAUUAUCCACGGCAUGGCACGAAAAUCCAAACCAACAGAAUGUAUGGAACUUUUUUUCGCAGGAGUAUAAUUUUGUCAAGCCCAAGUGUGGGUUUGUGGAGUGGCUAGGCCAAACUUACGAGAGGGAGAUGCAUCUACUCUUGUAA